AUGAGUUUCUCUCGAAAAGAUGAUAAAGUCAUUUUAAUUGAUGGUGGCCUUGGCACGACAUUGUAUGAAUAUGGACUUGCUAUACUUGAUGAUCCUUUAUGGUCUGGAAAAGCAUUAGUAACAGAAUUGGAACAACUUGCAAAAGCACAUCGAGCUUUUGUUCAAGCAAAAUGUGAUUUUAUUUCAACUGCUACGUAUCAAGUUUCAGUUGAGAAUUUAAUGACCCAUCAUCAUUUAUCUAAUGAACAAGCAGAAGAAAUUAUAUAUAAUGCAGUAAAAAUUGCUCGAAAUGUUAUUGAUGAAGAAAAAGCAAAAUGUUAUGUAGCAGCUUCAAUUGGUCCUUAUGGAGGAACGUUAAAUGAUGGUAGUGAAUUUAAUGGAUGGUAUACAGAUUCGAUGACAAUCGAACAAUUCAAAGAUUGGCAUCGACCUCGAUUGGCAAUAUUAGCUCGUGCUGAGCCUGAUUUAAUUGCUUUUGAAACAAUACCAUCCCAAAAAGAAGCUGAAGCACUAGUUGAAUUACUGAAAGAAUUUCCAAAUAGGACAGCCCAUGGUGAACCAAUUGAAGAAGCAGCUGCAUCUGUUUGUCUUAAAUCUCCUGAUCAAAUUAUAGCUGUCGGUGUAAAUUGUGUACAUCCAGACACUGUUGUUCCUCUUAUCAAACAAAUGAAUAAAAUUGAUCGCGAUUUUAUAGCCUAUCCUAAUGCUGGUGUUACAUGGGAUGCUGAAAAACAAGUAUUCAAUAGUCAAGGUCAAUCAAUUGCACCAUUUAUUCCUUCGUAUAUUGAUGCUGGCUUAAAAUACGUUGGAGGAUGUUGCAAUGUUAACCCAAGUCAAAUUCGUGCAAUAAGAGACAUUAUUGAUACAUAUUCACGUUAA